AUGUCAUACCUUAAGUCCUCAUGCACACGGGACGUUCUUACACCAGUAAACCCCCAGCAUGUUAUCCUAUGUGUCCAUCCCCGGCAUGUUAUCCUAUGUGUCCAUCCCCGGCGUGUUAUCCUAUGUGUCCAUCCCCGGCGUGUUAUCCUAUGUGUCCAUCCCCGGCGUGUUAUCCUGUGUGUCCAUCCCUGGCGUGUUAUCCUGUGUGUCCAUCCCCGGCGUGUUAUCCUACGUGUCCAUCCCCGGCAUGUUAUCCUACGUGUCCAUCCCCAGCAUGUUAUCCUACGUGUCCAUCCCCGGCAU